UGGCAUUGAAAAAGUUCCUAUACCAAAGGAUCUUCUAAUAAAUGAGUGUAUUGAUCCAAUAACUGCUAUUGUCGAAAGUACGUAUCCAGAUUUCAUUAGUCGCUGUAAUGAUAUAGGAUACCUACAAAAAAGAGCCAUUCUUGCUCCAACUCUUGAUAUGGUGGAAUCAAUCAAUCAAUAUAUGAUUUCUCUCAAUCAAAAUCCUGAGAAAUCAUAUUUGAGUUCCUAUAAAAUUUGUGGCUCUGACCAAACUUAUUCAGCUUUGGAACAUGUACACACACCAGAAUUUUUAAAUACUAUUAAAUGUUCUGGUAUUCCAAAUCAUGCUAUCACUUUAAAGGUUGGGGUUCCAGUGAUGUUAUUAAGAAAUAUUGAUCAGACAGCAGGAUUGUGUAAUAGAACGAGGUUGAUUGUAACUAGACUUGGAAAUCAAGUUAUUGAAGCAAAGGUCUUAUCUGGACAGAUGACUGGACAAAGAGUAUUUAUUCCAAGAAUGAUCUUAACAUUAUCUGAUGCUAGAAUUCCAUUUAAGUUUCAAAGAAGACAAUUUCCAAUUACUGUAUCUUUUGCUAUGACAAUCAAUAAGAGUCAAGGACAAUCUCUAUCUCACGUUGGAUUAUUUUUUAAGAAACAAGUACUUACACACGGACAACUGUAUGUUGCACUUUCCAAGGUGACAAGUAGAAAGGGAUUAAAAAUACUGAUUUAUGAUGAUGAUGGGCAGAUAACUGACAAAGCUACAAAUGUAGUACAUAAAGAAGUUUUUCAAAAUUUAAUCUGA